CCACAAGCGGCAGAUAAAAACCCGCAUCAAAACAUCAACAAUGCAAAAUACAUUUUAGUGAAGUCCUUUAGUUAUGGAAUCUGACAGUUCAUAUGUUCUUUGGGAAUGCUGUCGUUUUAUAUUUCUCUCAGUUUAUUCAGUGUUUAAAGCGUUUUAUUAUGUUUUAAAAACAUUAAUUUUAAAGAUUUUGCCAAGAAAAGAAAAAUCAGUUGCAGACGACGUAAUCCUGAUAACUGGUGGUGGAAGAGGAAUUGGGAGGCAAAUGGCCUUACAAUUUUCUAAAUUAAAACCUAAACAUAUUAUUUUAUGGGGAAGGAAGGAAGAGCCUUUACAGAAAACAACAGAAGAUGUACAGAAUCUUGGUGUGUCCUGUUCUUAUUUUGUCUGUGAUGUUUGUGACAGAGAACUUAUCUAUAAAACGGGAGAAGAAAUAAAGAGUUCUAUUGGUGAUGUAACAAUUCUAGUCAACAACGCCGGUAUAUUUAAUGGUGCUCUAGUCUUAAAUGAUACAGAAGAAAAUAUACACAAAACUUUUGCAAUAAAUGCAUUGGCACAUAUUUGGGCAUAUAAAGCAUUUCUGCCAGGAAUGAUAUCCCAAGGCCGAGGACAUAUAGUUACAAUCAGCUCUAUGUUAGGGAUCAUGUCACUGAGAGGGGCCUCCAGUUAUUGUGGGUCUAAGUUUAUGACAACAGGGAUAUCAGAGGCCCUCCAUUUAGAGCUUGAGGAAUAUCCAAAUAUACACCUUACUUCAGUACACUCAUACCAGGUCCAGAAUGACAUGUUCCAGGACUUAAAACUAAGAUUUCCUUGGCUGAUACCACCUCUGUCAGAAGAUUAUGUGGCGAAAGCAACAGUCAGAGCAGUGCUUUGUAAUGAAAAAAUAAUAAUGAUGCCAAGGAUUAUGUACCUGUUAGUACCAUGCUUAAGCAUAUUUCCAGCGACGGCCAUGGCUCCAUUAUUUAGAUUUUUGGGUGUUGACUCAGCACUGGAAAGUGUGUUGGCACAGAAACAGAAAACAGAAUAAUCCUGUUAAUCUGCUGUUAUUUAUGUGAAGCAUUUAUUGUUAACUGUUGUGGAUGUCUCAUUUAAUACAUAAUAUGUGAGCUUACUCACUCAAGUAUGUGAUGCUUGUAUAUUUAUGUAGCUUUUUUUUAUAUUCUGUUUUGAUGAAGUAAUAUAAAAUUGUUAUUUGUUUGAAAUCAUGAAUUUUGUUAACAUGCAGAGAUCUGAUAUAUAUACUUAAUCAGACAGAAAGAAAAACAAAGGAGUUAGAGUAACUAUAAGACAUCUAGAGGGAAAAAUACAGUGUUCAACAACUGAUAAGUGUCUAAACUAUAUGUCAAGUACUGAAUUGUGAAUAAAAAAAAAACCAAUUAUAACAAUCAAAUAUUUGCCAUAAUACAAAAUUCUUCAAGAAAGAACCAUUAUAGUUUAUAUCCGAAGAUCUUUUUUAAACUCAAAUUACUAAAAACCAUGUAUUGUUCAAAAAUCAAUGAAAACUGGGCACCCUUCAGGGGGAACUGGCCUUCAUGGGAAUUUAGAUUUUCAGUGCAAUAGAUGAAACAAAACUGUGAUCAAAUAUUUUAGGUCGGUAACAGUAAUGAAACCACUGGAUCAGGAAAUUAUUUUCCUGGAAUUAUAUUUGUCGUUUGUUAUCCAAUUUUUAUGCUCCACCUACGAUAGAAGAGGGGCAUUAUGUUUUUCUGGUCUGUACAUCCGUCCGUCUGUUCAUCCAUCCGUUUGUCCGUCCGUUCGUCCCACUUCAGGUUAAAGUUUUUGGUCAAGGUAGUUUUGGAUGAAGUUGAAGUCCAAUCAACUUGAAACUUAGUAUACAUGUUCCCUGUGAUAUGAUCUUUAUAAUUUAAAUGCCAAAUUACAGUUUUUACCCCAAUUUCAUGGUCCACUAAACAUAGAAAAUGAUAGUGCGAGUGGGGCAUCCGUGUACUAUGGACACAUUCUUGUUUGGAUUUUAAAUGGAGAUUUGUGAAUAUAUAUACUAGAACUGUUAUACUGUGGAGUCAUUAUUAUUCGUUGGAUGCCAAUUUUCAUGGGUUUCAUGGGAAGACUUGAACAACUAUUUUCAAUGUCUAACAUUGUAUUAAUUUCCAAAAGUCAUAUGCAGUCGAAGGCAAAAUCAUGGAAUCAAAUAUCAACAAGGUUAAAAUAUUUUCCCAAUCAAUGAAAAUGUGGAACCUUCGAAAAUAAAUGGUAAAUAAGAAAAAUGUCUCAUUAAUUCAUUUUCUUCUUGUUUUCACCACAUGUAGUGAAAGAGUGAGUCCUUGUCAGUAUUAAUGUUUUAAGGUAGCACAAUACAAAGAUUUUUUUGCUUCCAAUCUCCAACCUUUAAAAUGCUGUUACUUUCUUAAAACUGCAUAUAAAUUAAUAAAGGAGGUAUAUAUAGAUAGAUAAAAGAUUAAUCCUUUAAAUGAAUGCAAUAUUUUUGUUAUGCACUCAUUAUGAAAUCAAUUAUUAUGCAAUUAGUGGCAAAAUCUUGGUUAGUUCAUUUGAAUGAAUUUAGCUCUUUCAUCUCUAUAACUACACAAGAAAUUUUAACGUUAUCUUAAUCAACACAGCAGGAGCUACAAAAGGGUGUCUCAAAUAAUCGCUAUCAUUUUCCAUUCUCUCAUAAAUUUGUAAUUAGUGUAAACAUCCUUACCACAUAAAAGUAGAUAAUGUUUGAUUAGGUGUAAAAUUUGAUCUAUACAUUCUAUCAGAAAUCUGAGACACGCUUUUGUAGAUAAUGGCUCUAGGAACAACAUAUAAUAAAAUCAACCCUCUCGAGGGAUUCACGAAGAAGCUAAUUUCAAUUGAAAGUGGAAAUGUCUUGUAAAAUUUUGUAGACACAGUUAUUAUUAUAAUUGAUUACAUAAUUGUUGUAUAAUAG